UUUUAUUAUAAUGAAACAAUUUAAUUAAAAUUGAACUACAAAUACAUAAAAUUGACAACUGAACAUAAAUUAUUAUUAUUAUCCUGUUAAAUUUUCAAAUAAUCAUAAUAAUAAAUGUUUUGAGUAUUAUCAAAUUGAAUACACAUUAAUACGUAUGCAUACACAUAAUAUAUGUGUAAUGUGUAUGUUUCACUCAUUACUUAUGUUUAUUUGUGUUGAUAUGGGUGUUUAUGUGUGUUUAUUCAUGUUUAAUAACUGUAGAUCAUCAUUUUAUGAAUUUGUUUUCAUCCCACUAAUUAAUAUAAAUGCAUAUUUAUUAUUAUUUUUUUCUCUUUUUUUUCCUUCAUAUAAUAAACUUCAUGAACUUACAAUGUUCAUAGUGUAUAAUUAUCAAUCAUUAAAUAUUAGUAAAUUAUUCUUGUCACCAAUUAACCAUUAUUCAUUCACUUGUUUUAUUUUUUGUCAUUAAAGAAAUUGAUAACAUAAUGAAUUAUUUAUUGAAUUUAUAUUCAAUCAAAGUAGUAAUGUUUGUGUAUGGGUUCAAUUCAACAUGAAAUUUUCAAUUUUUUUUUCUUUUUUUCUACAAUUGAAUAAGUAAAAUACAUUUCUGACUAAAUAUCUGCAUAAAUUCAUUCAAGAAGUAAAGGUUGAUGUACAUAAAAGAAGGUUACAAUUAUACAUUAAGAAAUUUGUCUCAAGUAAAUCAGAAAUACGUUAAUAUUAAUAAUUCGAGCUAAAGUUUUCUUUGGAAUACACUAUAUGAGUUAUUCAAUUGGAAUACAUUGUUCAUUCUGUAAUUUAUAGAAUGACCAUUAAUGUUAGU